UGACGUCACUUCAACGCGACCGUAGUAGGAAAGAAGAAGCAGCAGCAGCAGCAGCAGCAGCAACAACAAGAUGGCGGCAAGGUUACUUCUCCGUUCAGCCUUCAGGGCCGCCGUGAGCCGCCGGGCCGGUCCGGUACCGACACUGAGCCGUAGCAUGGCGGCUGGAGGUAUACCUACGGAUGAGGAGCAAGCCACCGGCCUGGAGAAGAUCGUCAUGAAGGCCAUGAAGGAGGGCUCCGACCCGUACAGCAUGAUGAAGCCGAAGGAGUACGCCGGUUCCAAAGCGGAUCCUCACCUGGUUCCUUCCAUCUCCAACAAGAGGAUAGUGGGAUGUGUGUGUGAGGAAGACAACACGGCCGUGGUGUGGUUCUGGCUCCACCAGGGCGAGGCUCAGCGCUGUCCGUCGUGCGGUUCCCAUUACAAACUGGUCCCACACGAGCUCCCCCACUAGACCCGGAACAAGAAGCGUGCCGUCGUACUUUGGGAACAUCCUGUUUUCUCCUAUCUACUUCCUGCUCUUGACUCCCACAUUCAGCUCUCAUUGGACUUUUGUUGUCUUUACAUACUUGAUCAACCUGCUGACCUCAUCGUCAUCAUCACGAGUCUUUGCUGGUGUCCAGCAUGUCUUUCGUCCUCCGCAACGUUCCACUCACUCCUCUUAUUCCAACAAUAAAGUCCAUUCACUUCUA